CGUUGCUCCCAAACACACUAUCUUGUCAUACUUAUACCACCGUAUACAAUCACUCAUUUUCCAUUCUACAAAGGAGAAUGGCGGCCAGAGUCCCCCGCAACUUUCGCCUCCUAGAAGAACUGGAGAAAGGAGAGAAAGGCAUAGGAGAUGGCAGUUGUUCGUAUGGCCUCAUGGAUAGCGACGAUAUAAUGAUGAGCAACUGGAAUGGAACGAUUCUUGGCCCAGGACACACUGUCCACGAGAACCGAAUUUACAGUCUGAAGAUCCAUUGUGGUGACGAUUACCCCGAAAAGCCACCCGCCGUUCACUUCCUCUCUCGUGUAAACCUUCCUUUUGUAUCUCCAAUCGAUGGCAAGAUUGACCCUAUGAGGCUCAAUGUGCUCUCUCAGUGGGGUCGGGAUAGCAGUAUCGAGACCAUCCUCGUCGGUAUCAGAAGGGAGAUGGCGACAGCCAACAAUCGGAAGCUUCUCCAGCCUCCAGAGGGGAGUACCUUCUAGAGUCACUUUUAUCAUUAGAAGAUGGACUAUCAGCUGGUGGCUUGCAAUGUACAACACGAAUUAUACAAGACGAAUACAGUGGACCUCAAUGACGAGGCAAUAUAUGACUUAUCAGAUCUAAGUUUGUCAAACCCUCUCACACUUCCAUUUGCCGCUGCCAACCUGAGUGUUCCUUUUUAUCUCGAGUGGCGUCUAUGAGAGGU